AUGUCUUUCACCCUUCACCCACCCCCCGACUCCCUCCUGGCGCGCCACCGUCAACUCUCCCCUUCCGCCGCGAUCCGGGUCUCUCCCCUCUGUCUCGGGGCCAUGACCUUUGGCACCGCACACAACGAGCGCUACGGGGAGUGCACAAAAGAGGAUGCAUUCGGCGUACUGGAUGCCUUCUACAGCAAAGGCGGCAACUUCAUCGACACGGCCAACGCCUACCGCGAAGGCCAAUCCGAAGAAUGGCUGGGCGAGUGGAUGGAAACACGCCAAAAUCGAGACGACAUCGUGCUUGCCACAAAGUACACGACACCGUGGCAGACGCACAACUCCAAGAAACUGCAGUCUAACUACGGUGGGAACAAUGUAAAAUCGAUGAAAUUAGGCCUGGAUGCAUCGCUUGCCAGAUUAAAGACUUCUUAUAUCGACCUGUACUAUGUCCAUUGGUGGGAUUACACUACAAGUAUCCCUGAGCUCAUGCAUGCGCUUGAUGAUUUGGUCAGCUUGGGGAAGGUCUUGUAUCUGGGCAUUUCGGAUACCCCCGCCUGGGUGGUUUCGAAAGCAAAUGAAUAUGCCAGGCAGAAAGGGCUGCGGCAGUUUGUGGUAUACCAGGGAAUGUGGAACGCGACAAUGCGCGACUUUGAACGCGAUAUUAUCCCCAUGUGCCGCGAUGAGGGCAUGGGUCUCUGUCCUUAUGGGGUUUUGAACCAAGGUCGGUUCCAGACAGAGGAGGGCUUCCGGGAACGGGAGAAACACAAUGAUGGACGAAACUUCAUUGCUACCUCGCAGCGUGACAAGGAUAUGUCCCGUGUUCUAGAGAAGAUCGCGAAUAAGAAGAAUGUCGAUCUGCUUCAUGUCGCACUCAGCUAUGUCAUGGAAAAGGCGCCGUAUGUAUUUCCGAUUGUUGGCGCCAGGAAGGUCUCGCAUAUCGAAGGCAGUAUUGGGGGAAUUGGUGUCACGUUGAGCGAAGAAGAGAUUCUCGAGAUUGAGUUGGUCUACGAGUUUGACUUUGGGUUCCCCCAUACCUUCCUCAGCGGUACGCUGUUUGACGAGUCUAAGUCGAGAGGUGCAGAUCAGCCCGGCGAUUGCUGGAUGAUCAAGAAUCUGGGAAACUUUGAUUGGGUUGAGAAGCCAAAGGCGAUACGGCCAAAGAAUUGA